CAGAAGCACCCUGCACAUCAUUAUACGCAAACACCAACCAGUAAGUUUACCACCAGGGUUCAGUUCGCCUCUGUUCUCUGUGCGAAACUCAAAUCAACGACCCAGAUCCAAUUGGAUUCAGUCACCGCCGUUCGAUCUAAUGACACCGGAGGUAGUGCUGCAGGUCGGCCUUCUGAUCCUAACCCUAGCGAUGUUCUUCGCCAUACACAAUCUCUCCAGAAACGUCCUGACCAAGCUCCGAACCAACAACCGAGCCAACCUCCAAUCGACCCGCCACUUCGUCCACGGGUCGCAUCUCCUGACCCGAGCCCGAUCCACUCCUCACAAGGCCCAAUCUCAGGCCCACGCCAAAAACGCCCUCACCGAGGCCGAGAAGGCGCUGUCUCUGUCGCCCAGGGACCCGGGCCCACACAUCCUCAAAGCCCUGUCGCUCGAUCUCUUGGGGCACAAAACCUCCGCGCUGAAAUCGCUCGACGUGGCUCUGUCGCCGCCUUGCGUGAAGUCGCUCUCGGAGAAGGAACGCGGGGACGCUUUGGUGAAGAGGGCCGAGUUGAAGCUCGGGCUGAACCGGAGGCGCCGGGUGGACUCGGCGGUUGAAGACCUGGUGGAUGCGGUCAAGCUGGGUCGGGCGGAGGGGGAUGCGACGGCAUUUUGUCUUUUGGGUCAGUGUUACGAGUGGAAGGGCAUGAGGGAUGAAGCCAUAGACGCAUUUGAGCGGGCCUUGACGGUUGAUUCCGGGUCGGAUUUGGCCCGUCAAGGCUUGGAUCGCUUAGGAUCCUAGCCCAUGAGAUUGGGUAUGAUUUGAUGGAUUGUAUUAACUUUUCGGGUUUAAAGGCCCAUAUUUUUGUAAUAUUUGUGAGAUUUGUUUUCCUUGAGCAGCAGUAUAUAGUGAAUUUUCUUUCUCAUGGUAAAAAUAUACAGAAUAAACAUCUGUUGUA